AUGGGGGCGUACACUGUCCACACGGAGGAGGGAGGGGGAGGAGGUUGGGGGUGGACGGGGGCUGCUUCUGCUGCUGUGGAUCUGCGGUUGAUGAGCUCUGUAAUGGGGGGAGAACAGAGCGCGUCUGCUCAACAGGCCCGGGCCAUAUUUCAUCAGGGAUGGAGGGAUCGGGUGGAGGGCCGGGUGGGGGGCCGGGGGGGGGGGGGGGGGGUCAAUGUUGUGGACGUGGCGUUUCCUCUGACCGGUCUCUCUGUGUCUCGGUGGACGACGCAGGGAGUUGUGUGCGAUGAGAGCAACGCAGCAGAGUUUGGAGAUCACAGUGGAGGGAGAGUGUCGCCCCCACAGCUUCCCGUCGCCCCUUCUCCCUGCAGUCGUCACUGA